AACAUUUCACGUUUAAAAUGGCCGGCAGUUUCAAAUAAACGCUGCGUUCUGCUUCUACUCCUUGUUCUUCAAUCUUCCUCUCCUUUUCUCGUUUUCCUUCGAUUUCGUCGAUCUUUAGCGCUUGACGUUUCUGUCCGUGGCUUGUGGGUGUGGACUGCGGGCGGCGAGUUAGGGCCUUCGUUUCUUCAGGUUACCGCCUCUUGGGGUUAAUUUGAUUGGGAGUUACUUGGUGAUCUUGGCUUGUCAAACUUUCGAUCGAAUUGGUCAGAGUCCCAUGAAGCACAUUGUUAAGAUUAUGGCCAUUCUAGUGGCUAUUUCUGCCUUUUGGGUCGGUCUUUUACAAACAUCUAUUGUUCCUCGUAGCCAUACUUGGUUGCUACCCAUCUAUUUUGUUGUAUCUCUGGGAUGCUAUGGUUUAUUAAUGGUUGGAGUUGGUUUAAUGCAAUUUCCAACUUGCCCUCGUGAAGCACUGUUAUUGCAGGAGGAUAUCACGGAGGCCAAGGACUUUCUAAAGCAAAAGGGGGUUGAUGUUGGUUCAGAUUAAUGCUCAUAAUUCCAUGUUUAGAUAGCGAAUGGUAAAAUCUCAAGCAGCACUUUGCAGUCUGCCAUUGGGAUGCAUCAGAAUCCAAGUUUGUUUUGGUUCACCUAAUCAAAAUUUUUGUCAAGAGUUGCAAUUCUGAGCUAAUUAAGCAUUGGGAUUGUGAAAACAGUGUCAGGAUUUGUGUACAUUGAUUUUUUGGUUUUCUUUUUGUGAAUUGAGAGUUGUAGCCAUUAGCCUUAUACCAACAUUCUCAGGUUAUAAGAUCAAAUUAAAAUCAUGACUUUUCUCAGAUUUUAUUUCUUA